AAUCAAACCAAUCGCAAAACGUUUUAUUCUGACGUCUGGCUCUUCGAAUGUGUCUAUCUUGUUGUUGGCGCUGCUCAAGAUUUGCCCAAAAGUUUGAGUCCAAAACUCUUCGAUGCGAUGGGUGUAUUGAAUGCUCUUCGACGGGGCAUUGUGAGAGGAGCUGAUCGUAUGGCUGAAUUCACCAGCAAACGUGGCUCAAGGACUCACUACAAAGGCAGAGGGGCACAGCCAACAGGAGUACUAACCUCCAGCAGAAAAUUUGUUCCAAUACAGGCAAUGAUCCCCCAGUUUGUGGUGCCUGACUUGGAGGGAUUCAGACUCAAGCCCUACGUGUCGUACCGCACCCCGGUUGGAACGGAGCCCGCUGUCACCCCUGAGGGUCUGUUCUAUGAGGCUGUGGCCCAGCAGAUCCAGAAAGACUUUGAGGAAGGCUCCUUUGAUAAGGAACAGCUGGAGAAAUAUGGAUUUGAGCCCACGCAGGAGGGAAAGUUAUUCAAACUAUACCCAAAGAACUUUAUACGAUAAAAAGGCCACCCAAUCUGAUAUAUCUGGAACUCUGGCUUAGUAUCAAGGAUCGUUAACUAAUUUUGUUUGUUAACUAAUUUUGUAAAUGGUUAGCAAGUAGUUGCUAACCAUUUGAGACCGCUGAGCUGAUCAUAUGUUACUGGACCGUGGUGUAUUGUGAAUGUGCUUGCUGAAAGUACUAGUAUGUGGUAUUCUAAUUAAAAACAAAUGUAUUAUA